AUGGCUUCAUCAUCUUCGAACAACAUUGACCUUUCCGGGCCCACAUACUGCGUGCUGAGUGGAGCUUCCCAGGGCAUCGGUCGAGCUAUUGCUGUAGAGAUAUCAAAACUCCUUGGUCCGAAUUCUCUGAUGCUGCUGCUGGCACGUAACAAAGCGGAACUGGCCGUAACAGCAAGCCUGUGCGAAUCUGACAAGGUAAAGGUUAUAUUUAACUCCAUAGACUUGUCGAAAGCAUCCAAUGAUGAAAUGAAAGCUGUUCUGAACAAUUCGCUAGCAGGACGGAAGGUGACUGACUUCAACACCAGUCUGAUUUUCCAUAAUGUCGGGUCACUUGGAAACCUAGCUGUGGAGACUUUCCGCAUGGAGAAUAUGGAAGAACUAAGAGACUAUUAUGACCUUAAUGUUUUUAAGGUGAUUGCUAUGAACACCCAAUUUCUGAAGAUUUUUGAAGAAGUCGAAGAUAGGGUGGUUGUUGUGAACAUUACAUCUCUGUGUGCUAUCAAGCCAAUGAGCGGCAUGGCAUAUUACUGCAGUGGAAAAGCAGCUCGGGAAAUGUAUUUUAAAGUACUUGCAGAAGAAAAGAAGCGUAUUAGAAUUUUGAACUACUCCCCUGGCCCGGUAGAAACAGCUAUGAUUGAUUACGUGUUAGCAGAAACGGUGAAUGAGAAUCUCAGAGAUGUGUUCACCACAUUCAAGAAUCAGGGUACGCUUUUGAAGCCAGAGAUGACGGCUAAGAAAUGUGUGCGUGUGCUCCAAGCGGGCAAGUUCGCUCCGGGCGAACAUGUUGAUUACUUUGAUGAUGAGUAAUCUUAAUGGUUACUUUAAAUUACAAAAUAUUUAGCUGGAGUUCUUUGUAACAGUCAAAAUCAGUGCCAUUUUAAGAAGAUUAAACUUUGUUUAUGGUCACCAUUGUUACCUAAAUGUGUACCUAAAAGUAUAGUUAUUUAUUCACUGUAUGUAACAACUUUUUCUAUUUCAAUGUACCUUCAUCAAAAGCAUUAGCCAAAUAUUGCCAAGCAAAAUUAAACGUAAGGCUAUACUUAGAACUCCUUCUCAAUAUUCUAAUUUUUCUGCAAAAGUUGCCACUUUGUCCAUUGUACAUACAUCAAAAGUAUGUUUACAUCGCUGUUUAGAAAGGAGUAAGAUGCAAAAGUGUAAACAUAUCUUUAACAUUAAAAAAAUAUUUAUCAGUACGGUUUUUACUCACUAUUAUUUUUAGUCGCUUUUGGCGACAUGUUUCGGAUUCUUUGGGAAUCCAUCCUCAGGCACGAGUGUCCGCGGCGGUUGUACGUCGUGCACUGCCCGCGCCGCCCGCUUGGUCGCUCGUUGCGCACGCGCUGAUGGGGCGGGGGCGGGGGGCGCGGGGCAGUCCGCAGAUAUUUUGAAAUAUGUCUCACAAUAGUUUAAGUGCGAAUAUCUUUGACAUUGUUUGUAAAAGGGUCAAUUCACAUUCAAAAGUGGCACUUUUGGCAGAAUACACGAGAUUUUCUUCAGCUCUCUAGUGAUAUGUAGCUUUCUUACUAAUCAUUCGCUAACAUUUAGAUUGUCCUAUCUAACUACAUAUCUUAUUAGAUCUGACUUAGUAUGUACCAUGUAAGUGAUAUCUCUAGUUCCUAGUUUGAGAGUUUAUUAUAUGUAUUAUGUAGCUGCCAAAUAACAAUCUAUAAUAUUUUUAACUAUUCAAUAUUUUCUUUGCUUUCUUUAUGUAAUUUCUAAUUUUUGAUCACACCUAGGUAAGUACCUAUACGGUCAAUAAAACAUUUUGUACUGCAAAAUCAUUUUUACUUGUGAGGUAAAUAUUUUAUUGUUAGUAAAUUCAAUAUUUAUUGUAAAUCAAAUGUUUUAGUGAGAAAAACAACGCAUAUACUUAAAUAGAUAUUAGUUAAGUUUUCAAAAUGGUUAUGGCAGCUACACUUAAUAAAAAAUCUUUUUUUUGUUAAAUUUAUUCAUGUUACAUUAGAAUUUUAUUUUGUUAAACUCUGGUUCUAUAACACUUAGGUAAUAAAUAGGGUAUCUAUGACAAUAUUGUGUAUGUCUGUAAAAUACUAUAGGCUAACCGACUUAAAUUGUUUUAUAUAGUUUUUGUUAAAUCAAAUGUACUUAAAAUCAAUUUUCAUUUACAUUCAGUGGUAUGUUAAGUCAAAUGUCAAUAUUUUUUUUCAUUAUUUUUGCACAAAAAAAGAUAUUUUAUUUUUCCGAAAAAGCGGCAAUUUUAGCCAUUAAUAAAAUUAAUUAGUUUAUAAAGCCUGCUACAUUUUAAUUGCAUUACUUAUUAUGUAAGCAGCACAGCACAUAGUUAAUGAUCAAAUUAAUGAAUGACAGUUAGCUUCACUAAUUUCCAUUUAAAAAAAAAGUCAGCAUAUAUUUAAAUCGGUUAGUGUAUAAGCCUAUUCAGAUAUUUUGGUGUAAUACUUAAUGACACAUUCCAUAUCAUAGUUAUAAAUUAUAAUGCCUCAGGAAUUUUAUUUAAAAAAAAAGGUCUCAACUGCCCAGACGGUGCAAUUGUUAUUUAACCUUUUCGACGCCGUGUCAAACACAAAAUCUGUCACUCGGACGCCACGUCACCGAAGUGUCAAAACUGAAAUUGAACUUUAUGCACAUGCACGUAGGUCUAUGUUGCUAUGUGGUCUGUGACGGAUUAAUCAGUCUUUGGCGUUGGACCUACGGUGCCGAUAUAUCCGUCGUUGGCGUCCAAAAGGUUAAACGUCAUAAUCUCAUAGAAGUUUGACGUUUGAAAUAACACUUGCAGCGUCUGAGCUAUCAAUAUCGCUGCCAGCUUAGCUUGGUCUACCUCUAGCUAAUUUGAUUCUUAUGCUAGUUGGAAAAGAGUUGCAAUUCCUUGGGACCUUUUAAUAUUUUCUCGAAACAUGCCAAGGUUAUACAAAAUUUAAUGAAAUUGUCGUUUUCAUGUAACCUUAAGUGUAUUUUAUGAAUGCAAUUCAUAUAAUAAAUGCUUGAAUCGAA